AAAAACGGAGUAUGACUUCUGCAACGUCACCUAUCAUUUUGAAAUGGGACCCCAAAAGCCUAGAAAUCAGAACUCUCACAGUAGAGAGGCUACUGGAGCCACUUGUUACGCAGGUAACGACCCUGGUUAACACAAGCAAUAAAGGACCAUCCGGCAAAAAGAAAGGGCGCUCCAAGAAGGCUCAUGUGUUGGCUGCUUCCGUAGAGCAGGCCACCCAAAACUUCCUGGAAAAAGGUGACCAAAUUGCGAAGGAGAGCCAGGAUCUGAAGGAGGAGUUGGUUGCUGCAGUAGAGGAUGUGCGCAAGCAAGGCGAGACGAUGCGGAUCGCCUCCUCGGAGUUCGCCGACGACCCGUGCUCCUCGGUGAAGCGCGGCACGAUGGUGCGGGCGGCGCGGGCCCUGCUCUCCGCCGUCACCCGCCUGCUCAUCCUGGCCGACAUGGCUGAUGUCAUGAGGCUGCUGUCGCACCUGAAAAUCGUAGAGGAAGCGCUAGAAGCAGUGAAAAAUGCGACAAACGAGCAAGACCUGGCAAAUCGUUUCAAGGAGUUUGGAAAAGAGAUGGUCAAACUGAACUAUGUGGCUGCCAGGCGGCAACAGGAACUGAAAGACCCUCACUGCAGGGAUGAAAUGGCUGCGGCGCGAGGGGCCCUGAAGAAGAACGCCACCAUGUUGUACACGGCCUCGCAGGCCUUCCUGCGCCACCCCGACGUGGCCGCCACGAGAGCCAACAGAGACUACGUCUUCAAGCAGGUGCAAGAAGCCAUCGCCGGCAUCUCCAACGCCGCCCAGGCCACGUCGCCCACCGACGAGAACAAGGGCCACACGGGCAUAGGAGAACUUGCUGCUGCCCUCAACGAAUUUGAUGUAAAAAUUUUUUUAGUGGCAAAGGAUUGCUUCAAGAAGGAAGAUUAUAUUUUCCAGUGA